ACAAAUAUGCCAGAAAACUAUCGAUUAUAAAUACAAUCUUUCAUUGCAUUCCCAGCAGAACUACAACCCCCAAUAUUUACAUUGCAAGAUCUUCGAAGGGCAGAUCAGAGACAGCCAAUUAAAUGGAUCUCUCAAGAAACCUAAACCUCACAAUUUUGGUCCUUCUCGCAGCGGCGCUGGCCCUUGCACCGCACGGCGGCGAAGCGGCGGUCACCUGCGACACGGUGUACAGCGACCUGAACGCGUGCCUCAACUACGUUAUGUUCGGCGGAAAUGUGCCGGCGGGAUGUUGCAGUGGGAUGAAGACGCUGGUGAGCGCGGCGGCGACGACGGCGGACCGGCAAACCGCGUGCUCGUGCUUGAAGUCCAUUGUUUCCAAAGCGAAUGCGUCGGAGGUUAGCAGGGCAGCUGGACUUCCUGCCCAAUGUGGUGUCAACAUUCCUUUCAAGAUUGGCCCCAACAUUGACUGCUCUAAGGUCAAGUUUGGGUUUUAAAUAAGGGAAUUAUAUGUGCCUGUGGAUGUCAAAUUUAAGAACAUUAUGAUGUAUAUAUACUGUACUGCAUUUAAAAUAAUAUUUAUGUUUCUUUUCUA